GGAGGAGCCUCAGCUGGCGCUGGAGGUGCGGUCGCCAUGCGCGGAGGCGCUUCGGGUCAGGGGAGCAGCAAGCAUGGAGAGGACGGUGGCGCUGGCGGAAGUCAAGGGAAAAACCCUAAAUUCAAUCGCUUGCGGCUGACGGAUGCGCAGAAGGCCAUUUUGGAAGCUGCUUUCGCUAUGGGAGCCUUUCCGCCCAGAGAGCUGCGGAUCGAAUUAUCGCAGAAGACCAACAUGACGAUGGAGCAGAUCAGCACGUGGUUUCAGAACCGUCGGAUGCGCUUGAAGAAACCGGACCCGUCGGCGGCGCAGCAUGGGGGUGCUUCGCAGACGAUGCGCUCGACCACCGUCGUCGGUGGUAUCGUUCCGCUGACGACCCGCAACCACACGUCUGGCCCUUCUCCCCCUUCUGGUGUGAACUCCAAUCACCAAGCCCUCACCAACACCAACAGCAGUAUCAAGCAGGGGCUUAUGGUCCCUAAUCUGAACCAAGGUGCCAACAAUCACACCAGCCCUCAUCAUAACGAAAACCACCACGGUGGCACGGUCGUUGCGUUUCCUUCAUCUGGUGCGGGUGCUGGUACUUUCCGGCACACGCAGGCUAUCUCGGACAUGGCCAUGAGGUCGGGGGAAGAGUGCAAAGAUGGCAGGAGCGGGGGGGAGGUUGUGGGCUCGCCUGCAUUGUGUUCCACUCCUAAUUCCAACCCAACGAGUACGGGUAGCGGGUUAGGUGCUGGCGGGGUUUCCGGCAACAACAGCGGUGGAGUACGGGGAGGAGGGGGGGGGGGAAACGUGGGUGGUGUCGGGGCCGGCGGCAUUCAUUCUCUCUCAUCCGAACGACUCAAUCCGCUUCUGCGCGUGCACAAGACCGCGAUAGGGCAGCCUGCCACGUCACCCGUGCCGUUGUGGAUCCCGACGCUUGCGCAGGCGCAAGCCGCGGCUGCGGCAGCAGCCACAGCCGCCGCCGCCGAGGAGGCGGAGAUCCUUACUUCCGCAACGGCUGCGGCGGUAAGCGCCGCUGCGCAAGCUGGGAGCAACGUUCUCAGGCAUGUGCCAUCUGCCGACAACACGUCCACUGCACCUGAGGGUUGCCUCGCGUCCACUCUUGUGCCUCCUGCUCCUCCUCCUCCUCCCGCUGGUGACAGCAACAACGUUGGCACUCGUCAGCCUCCAAGACUUCCUCUCUUCUCCGCCUCCUCCCUCUCAAUGAGUGCUGUGGUUGGACCAAUCGGAACCCCUUCCCUCUCGAUGAUAACGUCAACAAUCACCACCACCACCCUACCCGCCUCCUCCUCCUCCUCCUGCUCUGCCUCCUACUCCAUAUCUUUAGCAACGUCUUCGGCCACGGCCGCAAUGGUUGCGCCAUUGACUCGGACAACCCCUGUCGUCGGCGGAUCGUCGGAGCGCCAGAACGUAUCUGGCCCGGCCUCGCCUUCAUUACCACGUGCAGCACUCGUUGACCCUUCUGCUGCUGCUCUUCCUCCGGCGGGCCCCCAGUCAUCUCUACCGCCGACAACAAUCGCAUCAUCAGCCAAGGAGCGUACCUCGCCCAGGCACCGGUUGUUGUUGGGGUCCGGAUCCGGAUCGAGCUUGGUGCUAUCGCCGAGGCUGGCGGAGUCAGCAGCGACGCCGGUGGAGUCAGCAGCGACGCCGGUAGAGCAACAACGCGCACCUGACGUCACGCCUUCGGAACUCAACGGGCCAAUGGAGACGCCCGACCUCGUCCCUCGAGACGAGAGCCACGUGGGUUCAUUGGGGACUACUGGCUACGAUAAGGCGGAGGGGCCUUCUCCCGCCGCUGGCGAAUCUCGGGAACAGGAGGCAGUCUACUUCUCAUGCUCAGCAGCUACUCCGGCGCCGGCAGCGGCCGAGUCCAAGAAAUCGAUUGCGGAGGGAGCAGUAGGGCCAGGAUCGGUGGGGUCAUCAUCGCCUGUCCGUAUGGGCCGGCCUCCGCGAAUAUCGCUGGGGCUGAGCAGCGUCUCUGCCGCCAUAGCCCCUCUUCCUCCGGUUUACUCGGACUCUGCGUGCUCACUCCCACCAGAGGUGCCCUCCUUGCUCGUUCACGUCUCGACAAAUGUGCACCGAACACUCUUGUCUCGCGGAUCCGCUCUGGCUGCCCAGCCCGCGGCCACUUCCAAGGACAUUGCGGCAGCGCAUGCGGGAGCCUGCGCACCCUCUUCCCCUUCUGUGCAUACCUCCGUCCCGGCCGCCUCUACCUCUCCCCAAGCCGUCCAGAUCCCAGCUGCCAGUCCUCGCUCAUCACCGACGACGACCGUUCAGCCCCUGCUGCCGUCUUCCUUCGCUACCCCCCCGAUCAGUUCUCUCGCUCAUCUUGAUGAGACGCGCCAUGCCGAUGCAGCAUCUCCACCCCCCGCUGUAGAAACGCUAUCGGCGGUGGGGAAGUCACCGCCUUGUGUAGUCUCAAAGUCAGCAGUUCAGCGAGAUGGGCCGCCGCCUUUGCUGGUCGUCUCACCCACGGCUCCUCCUCCUCCUCCUCCUCCUGUCCUCGCUACUCGCGGCUUGAUCUCGUCUUUGUCAUCGGAUGUCCCGGCCCCGAUAUCUCCGGCGCAAGAAAAUGACAGGAAAUCGCCGCAAACCAUCGUGCGAUCGCCCCUAGGUCACCAGGCAAUGAUACCCGUGCCCGUAUCUGUCGAAGGGGAUGGUGCAAGAGACCGCCAAGGACGCGAGAAGGAGAUGGACAUGGCGGUGGAAGUCACGGUGCCACAUGAAGAACUACCGGCGGCAGCAACGGCGGGAAGGAAGGCAGGGGAGGAAUAUGGGUGCGGGGAGAGAGCGCGAGGAGAAGUUAGUCCUUCUCAUCAAGCAGCGAGCUCACCGUCCGUUAAACCGGCCUCGUCGCCCAGGCCCAAUCAUCCCGUCCCUUCCGCUGGCUCACCUAUCUUGGAUAGGAAGCAAGAAGAAGAUGGCAACGAGGAAGUGCUGCCAGUGUUUAGGGGAGGAAACAACGAAGCCGUCAACGUAAAAGACAGAAGUGAUGGCGAUGCGUUUGUUGGGGUCUCGGGAAGCGGUGAGCACGUGGUUAAGGGCGGGAGGGCCCCGGCGGGAGGGGAAGGAGGAGGAGGAGAAGCGAAACGUGUGGAGGGUGAUACAAAGGGUGGGGGCUAUUUCGAUUUAACGAUGACUGAUGGGGGCGCAACGCAGCAAGAGGUGAAAGAAGUGGCCGCGUUGGCUUCUCUCAUGCAAAGGGAAGUAGGCAAGGCUGAGCAGGAAUGGGGGGGGAUAAGGCAAUGGUGUGGGGAAGGAGGUCAGCAAGGGAGAGAGGAGAAGGAGGAAGGGGAGCUAGACGACGACGAGGAGGAGGAGGAGGAGGAGAGAAGAAGGUUGAUGCACGACAGUUUGCGCUCCCCUGAGGGUGAAAGUAACACUCUUCUUGCCUCCAAAGACGAAGAGUUGGGAGGCGAAGGCACAGAGGGAGAAGAGCAGCUGCAGCUGGAACUGGGCAAACCGGAAUUGAGCUCUGAUGGCGAUCAAGAAGGACAUCGGCGUCGACUAGACCGAGACCAGGGGGAGCAUCGCCAAAGGAUAGAGUUCAGUCUCAGGGCGAACUCAGAGUAGAACUUCUCUGUAUGUACCUGACCGCAAGUACGGCCUGACCUAGAUGCAUCUGGCCUCAAUCAGGUCCAGAGUUCAGUAGAGAAAGUCCUAGUGUGAGUAUGCCCUGAGAUGAUCAGGAAACGGGGGCGAAUCUGUGGAAUCACGGCCCAACAACCGACUCUCCGUCGCACUUUCUUUUUGAUUUUUUCGAUUGCUGAUGAUCUGACGAACUGUUGCGUUUUCUUGCGGCUGUUUUGCCUUUGGCGUCCGUGUCGGCGUAACGACCUGCCAGGGAGUGGAGGAGGGAGGCAGUGUUCUUCCCUCCUUUUCUUUCCAGGGGAAACCAUAUUCUUCUUCUUGUUGUAUAAAGGUAGAGUCACGAUAUCGUGGCCACAUUUUGCGGGCAUUCUGCGCAAAUUGUGUAGAUGGGGCUCGCAGAGUUGAUUGAGGCGUUCGGGCCUCUCGUACAACACCACCGCUGCCAGUAGCUGACGGUAAAUUAGUGUUAGGAUCGUGUAGCUGAACUUCCUUUCCCUCUUUAGGCAGCGGCUCCAAAGUAAGGGAGAGGGAGAGAGGUGACCGGGCGUCAGGGAAUAUAAGGGGGAAGCAGAGGGAGGGAGGGAGCGAGGAGGGGACGGGAGGAGGAGGGGGUUGACAGUGUGUUAGUUAGGGUUGAUCGUAGGCUCCUGCUCUCACCCCCCGCCCCCGACGACGAGGGCGUAAUCUCUUUUUAAUCUCCAGUUUCAGAUGCG